GGGAGGCAGCAGACAGCAGCAGUGUGGGAGGCGUCAACGCGUCCACAGGAGAAAGAGAGCAGACUCAGAGGAGCACAACAAAAUGGACAGAGUAUCAGCGUGUCACGUCUGAGGACCGUGGGCCUCCCUGGGACCUCUCGUUCUUCCCUUCUAACUUUCCUUUCCUCUCCUUCCAGACUUCUCUGUCUCUGCCUUCAGACAGACAACCUGCAAACACAUGUGGAAGCUGGAUGGAGCCUUGAUCAGCCCGGAGCUGCCCUUGUGCUGGGGGUGAAGCCUGGUCAUCAGCCUCAUCCGUUUUGCUGCACCCGGCUCAUUCAUCUCUGUGACGAUGUAGUCACUGUCAUCUCUCUGGAGAUGCCUUUGAACGUGUUUUCAUUCGCCCCGUUGCUAUGGUUACCGCUCCUCUUAACCCCCGUCACCCAGCGGGCCGACUCUGCCCCCACGUCUGAAGCCGCUCGCUUGUUUAACACCACCCUGUGGUUCCACGGUGGCGCCUACAACCUGCGUAGCUGCAGCUGCUACGCGCCCGUCCGGGACUGCGACGAGGCUCUGGCCAACACGCUGUGCAGAUGCCACACCGUUCCGCUCUCCGCGCUGCCUGACACGGGGGUCAGGGAGCCUGGGAGGCUCGUCAUCUGGGUGAAGGAGACCUGGGUCCUGGAGAAGCUGCUCAAAAGGGGUGUGGUCGGCCAUUUGCAGCUGUCAUUUUGUGGAACAGCACCCGUUAAGAGUCAGUGCCUGGCUUUGGUGGGACUGCAGACCCUCCAGGUCCACAACACUGCUGCAGAAGUGCCCUUCUCCAGACAGGAAAUCACAGUUUCUCCUGCUGCAAAGCUCACGGCGGAGCUGGAAGGCCUCUUCUCCUCAUCCAUCCACGUGAGCAUACUAGACACAGCAGUACUCAAAGGGGUGUCUGCUCUGAAGGCCUACACUGUUGUCAGACCUCCGGCUGCCUCUCUCUCCCAGCACAUCCGCAGCCAGGUUUUACCUUUGGCUCUCACCCAGUUUGUGACUCCAGACAAUAGUUUGGAUUCCAGUGAGCACGAGCCACUGCACAACCUUCUCAUCACCUUUAUCUACUAGAUGUUUUCAUCCAAGGGUAAAACGGCUGAUCCAUUCACCGUGAAGUAGACUCUGUGGCUAAAUAUGGGUUCAGCACACAGACCCCAACUGUACUGGGGCCAUACAUGUCUAUAUCAUGCUAAGGACAGAGUAGACAGACAUUAGACCUGAUUAUAAUAAAACGUUACUCAUCAGAACACGUGUGUAUAAAAGCAGUGCUUUGAUGUUCUGUCUGCUACAGGACUCAUGUGAAAAGAGUCUUAUCGUUUUCCAUCCACCCUGGUGCUGUGACUUAUAUGAUCCAACAUUACAGCUGCACAACCUCAGUCACUAACAACCAUAAAAAACACAUCUUUGAUGGCGCUGUUCGUCUACAAAAAAAUAUUUCAGAACAUCUAAAACUCUAAAGACGAUGAGUUUCCUUGUGUCAAAUUCAACCACGUCACAGUUUAUGUUCCAUUUCUUUAAUUUAAAUAUCUGACUAAAACUUCAACUGAACUGUAGAAGCCUAAAGAAGUCACUCUUCACAUCAACGGUCUGGAUUCUGUGUCUCACAUCUUCAGUCUGUUCCAGGCUUGUGACGGCUCUGUGGACAGUUUGCAGCCACUGAUCUCCCAAAUCAUUUAAGAGGCUUUUGCUUCACUGUCACUGUCGCUGCAUAAAGAAGGCUAAGUCAAACCAUCUGAGUUGUUUCAGUUCUUUACCAUUGACUUUAGCAAUGGCUGAAUCAGCAACAAGCCCAAGCAGCAUCAGUGCCACUGCACAGUCCCUCUAUGUACUUUUGAAGUACAAAAGCUGAAGAAGGCGUCCGUGUUGCAGAGGGAGUGGAGAGGAGGCCUCCUGCUGCCGCGUCUCACUGAGUGCAGAUGUUCUAAUAAAACAAUCAGAGCAGCAAUCCAAGUUGUCUGACUGUGAAGGAAGGAUAAUUUCAGAAUCCAUUCAAUUUGAUGUUAAAAGGUUAUUUAAUUUUUCUGACUUGUGUUUCACAAAAGUGUCACAUCAACAAAAUAAAGAGCUGGAGGCAGCUUGACAACAGUGAA